GCCGCGGGGGCGGGGUCGCGUCUGCCGCAGCGACAGGGUGCGGCCUGGUCGGGGGCAAGGGCGCCAGCGCGGGCCCAGCUCCCAGGCAGGCUGUGCGCGAGCGGCCCCUGCUCGGCUCACAGGUCCCCUGCGCGUCCCAACCCUGCCCCGGACCCCGGCCAGGCCGCUGCCCGCGUCCGGGAAGGGUAAAGCCUUAGCGGAUCCGUGGGCGCGGAAGGGACUGGGCCGCGUUGUCUGCAGGCGGGGCGGGACUGACAGGAAAGCGAAAGGGUUCACUCCUGUGGACUCCACAGUGCCCCUUGCUAUCAGCAAAGGCUUUCUCUCCUCCUCCUCCAGCUCCAGCCUGAGCCAUGUUUUUCACCUGUGGCCCAAACGAGGCCAUGGUGGUCUCCGGUUUCUGCCGGAGCCCCCCAGUCAUGGUGGCUGGAGGACGUGUCUUUGUCCUGCCCUGCAUCCAGCAAAUCCAAAGGAUCUCUCUCAACACACUGACCCUCAAUGUCAAGAGUGAAAAGGUUUACACUCGCCAUGGGGUCCCCAUCUCAGUCACUGGCAUUGCCCAGGUGAAAAUUCAGGGCCAGAACAAGGAAAUGUUGGCAGCUGCCUGCCAGAUGUUCCUGGGCAAGACGGAGGCUGAGAUUGCCCACAUCGCACUGGAGACGCUGGAGGGCCACCAGAGGGCUAUCAUGGCCCACAUGACUGUGGAGGAAAUCUAUAAGGACAGGCAGAAAUUCUCAGAGCAGGUUUUCAAAGUGGCCUCCUCAGACCUGGUCAACAUGGGCAUCAGCGUGGUCAGCUACACCCUGAAGGACAUUCACGACGAUCAGGACUAUUUGCACUCCUUGGGGAAGGCUCGAACAGCUCAAGUCCAAAAAGAUGCUCGGAUUGGGGAAGCGGAGGCCAAGAGAGACGCUGGGAUCCGGGAGGCCAAAGCCAAGCAGGAAAAGGUGUCUGCUCAGUACCUGAGUGAGAUCGAGAUGGCCAAGGCGCAGAGGGACUACGAGCUCAAGAAGGCUGCAUAUGACAUUGAGGUCAACACCCGCCGAGCACAGGCUGACCUGGCCUAUCAGCUUCAGGUGGCCAAGACGAAGCAGCAGAUCGAGGAGCAGCGGGUCCAGGUGCAGGUGGUGGAGCGGGCCCAGCAGGUGGCAGUGCAGGAGCAGGAGAUCGCCCGCCGGGAGAAGGAGCUGGAGGCCCGCGUGCGGAAGCCGGCGGAAGCCGAGCGCUACAAGCUGGAGCGCCUAGCAGCGGCAGAGAAGUCCCAGCUGAUCAUGCAGGCAGAGGCAGAAGCCGAGUCUGUGCGGAUGCGUGGGGAAGCCGAGGCCUUUGCCGUAGGGGCCCGAGCCCGGGCCGAGGCUGAGCAGAUGGCCAAGAAGGCAGAGGCAUUCCAGCUGUACCAGGAGGCUGCUCAGUUGGACAUGCUGCUGGAGAAGCUGCCCCAGGUGGCAGAGGAGAUCAGUGGUCCCUUGACCUCGGCCAAUAAGAUCACACUGGUGUCCAGUGGAAGUGGGGCCAUGGGGGCGGCCAAAGUGACCGGGGAAGUGCUGGACAUCCUGAGCCGCCUGCCGGAGAGCGUGGAGAGACUCACAGGCAUCAGCAUCUCCCAGGUGAACCACAAGCCUCUGAGAACAGCCUGAGCCCUCGACCUUCGCGAUGCCCAGCCUCAAAACUCAAGUUGCCUGAAUGGUCCCAAUAUUGCAUGCACUUCAGCUGGCUCCCCAAGCACAUCGUUUGACAGCGGAGUUCCACCGCUUGUCUCUCCUUGCCAAAUAGCCUGUCCCUUGCCUUGGAAGGAAAGGGUUGCUCCCUUUUCCAGUCCCGUACUGCAGACUGCCAGUCCCGCAGGGGUCCCAUGCCAGCCUUCUGAUGAUCCCACCCCCAACUUAUUUAACUUAGUCUACUGUCUGAGCCUGUUGUCCAGAAUUCUUCCUUGACCAAGCCUUGAGGGGUGGUCUGCAGGUUCUCAACUUUGUCAAAUAAAUUGCUAUUAGUAAGUACUGAUACUUA